AUGCCUACACAGCUCGUGUUGCGCCCUUUCUACUCAUCCCUUCUACACCUUCCAAACCGAAAGAAGCUCUACUCUCUGCAAACCCACUUACUCACCCAAUUUCACCCCCGAACCCUCCCUCAACUCACCCUCCGCACCGCAUCCACAAUGCCGAAGCCAAAACAACCAACACCCCCAGAAAACUUCCCAACACACUCCUUCCCCGACGCAUCCUCCUUCGAAUCCUUCCUCGAAACCAACCACGGCAUCCUCCCCGGUCUCUACCUCAAACUCGCCAAGAAAUCCUCCGGAAUCCCCUCAAUCACCGCACCCGAAGCCGUCGAGGUCGCCCUGUGCUUCGGCUGGAUCGACGGCCGCGCAAACUCGCUCGCCGACGGAAUCCACUGGACCGUCCGGUACACACCGCGCCGCGCAAAGAGCCUGUGGUCCGCGAAGAACGUCGCGACGAUCGCGCGGCUGAUCGAGGAAGGGAGGAUGAGGCCUGCGGGGAUGGAGGUUGUGGAGAGUGCAAAGGCGGAUGGGCGGUGGGAGAGGGCGUAUGAUGGGCCGGCGAGUAUUGAGGUUCCGAAGGAUUUGGAGGAGGCCUUGAAGGAGGUGGGGAAUGAGAAGGCGAGGGAGUUUCUGGAGGGCUUGAAUCGGUCGGAUCGGUAUGGGGUGUUGUAUCGGUUGCAGACUGCGCCGGUUAGUAAGAGGGAGGAGAGGGUUAAGGGGGUUGUGGAGAUGUUGGCGAAGGGGGAGGUCAGUAAUGGAGCGAGGAAGGCUACUGCGAAGGCGAAGGUCCAGACGAAAACGAAGACGUUGUCGACGACUGCGCAUAAAGUGGUGAAGAAAGGGAAGGAGAAGGCGGUGGUGAAGAGCAAGGUUGACAAGACAACGACUGAGACGACGUCGAAGCAAGCUAAGAGCAGUGUUGCGACAGGCAGCACCAGACAACUGCGGUCGAGAAGCGGGCCCGUGGAUUUGUGA